UGUAAGGUGGCUUAAAAAAGACCUACUAUCUCCGAGUUCAUAUCGUUGGCCUGAAUAUUGCUUUUAUCUACUCUUCAGCCCAAGAAUCCCGGCUAUAACGGCACGCUUGCCCCUGUAUAUAAUCUCUUGUCAAGCAGAAAAUGUGCUGCUUAAGUUAGAUUUCCCUACGUAAUGAAGUAUCAUGCCAAUUCUCCAUCAUCCUAGUACUAUUUAUCCGUGGUGAUCGUCGCUGCGCAAAAUAUCAUUUUCAAAACUCAUUGAUCAGCAUUACUCCUUGGCUCCGUUGUCUUCAUCUGGGGAGACCUUAUGUAGGACAAGGGUCAUCGGUUAGGAGGUAACGGGUGGCUUUUUGGGACUAUGUCUGCACACGAUAAAUAAUGACUUCGAUUGCUUUUUUGCAUAUAAUUCCCUAUCCCCGUAGCGUGGCGUUCGUACUUGGCCAUGCUGUCAUGGAGGUGUAGAAAUUUGGUGUCACCUCUUGCUUCUUAGCUUUUGUGAGACACCUGAAAAUUUUCAGAAGCGACUGCUAUUACUCGACGCCACUUCUGAUAGCCUGCAUAUCCCUGCCGUAUCACCGAUGACAGAUUGAGAACAUCCAGCAGUAUGGUCCAUAAAGCCCUAUUAGCAACUGUCCUUCUAGCAUCAGGGGUUCAGAGUGUGGUGCUUCCAGAUGGCGGACUCCAAUUAGCUCCAUUAGAUGCUCACGCUUCAGAAUAUGGACCGGAUCUUGCCAGCGCUUACCGUCGUGAUGAGCCCAAGCCUAAGCCCGAGCUCAAAUCUGUAGAAUCACUGGUAGCUGAGCACCAAGCUCGAGGUCGGGAGUAAGCGCACUCCGCGAAGAUGAUAUUAUUAGGUGGCGCACGACAUAUGCACCUUGCCGUCUCAUUUUCAGUCCGAAUCUUGGAGAUGGAUCCGAUGGGGUACGACUAGUGAUGGUAAAAGUAAAGAUUAAAAUGGAGAUUAUCUUAUAGGGGUGCCAAUAGGUGCUGCCAGGAGAAUGUAAUUAUUUAGGGGAACGAUAAAGAAAAAUUCAAAAUAUCAACUUCUGCUUCUCAGUAUUUCACUUAAUAGAAAUUAAUGUGUAGAGACGGAAAAGGGGUAGAUGGAGAUAGAGGCAAGAAUUGAAC